CGGAAGAAGCAUCAAUAUACUAUCACGCGGUGCGGCGCUACUACGCUAUCCUCUCCUCUCUUGUCCCUAUUGCAUACACGCAAUUGGAUGCGCCGUUCGGCAAGUUCGUGGAUAGAACGAGCAUAUUUACCGAAGGGUUCUAUAAGAAUUGGAAGGUCAACACCAAUGUUGCUUUCUUCUUCAUGGAGAUGCCUGCGCCUCUUUGCUUCCUGUAUACAUGGACGUUAAGCCCUCUAUCUAAAACGGGCAGUCCCCCGCCUCUCAAGUCCCCAGCCGGUAUUCUCGUCGGCCUCUUCCUCAUUCACUAUUUCCACCGCGCCAUCCUGCAGCCCCUGUACUCCCCACGCCGCAGUCCUAGCCACAUCAUCGUCCCGAUCAUUGCGUUUGUGUACCAGACAGUAAACGGCAGCCUACUGGGCUGCUACUUUUCUUCCCGAGAGGUAGCAACGGACGCGUGGGACCAACCAGCGUUCUGGGCUUGGGUAGGCUUGUUCUUCGCUGGCAUGGUGGGCAAUAUAUACCACGACAAUCUUCUCAUCUCCCUCCGCCGGAACACACACCGAGCGGCCAAAGCGAAAGGUGAGAAGCCCCAUUACGGUAUUCCACGUGGAGGGCUUUUUGCUCUAAUCUCCUACCCGAACUACUUCUGCGAAUGGCUAGAAUGGGUUGGAUUCGCUAUGGCCAGCACCGUCGGCUCUCCCUUCCCGCCCAGCUACGUCACCCCGCCGUGGGUCUUCCUCCUCAGUGAGGUGUGUGUGAUGCUGCCGAGGGCGGUGAGCGGGCACGGAUGGUAUAAGCAGAAGUUUGAAGAUUAUCCAAAAGAACGAAAAGCAGUUAUUCCAUUCUUACUAUAAAGCGAUGUUACAUAUGUAUACCCAUCUGCAAAA